GAAGGAUUGUAAAGUGGUAUUGUUUCAAGAACUAGGGUAGCAGACAUGACAGGAAAGGCAAAGCCAAAGAAGCAUACAGCUAAGGAGAUCCAGGCUAAGCAGGAUGCAGCUCUUACCAACAGGGGAGGCGGUAAAGCAGGACUAGUUGAUCGUACUGGAGCAACUAAAGGUGGACAUGCCAAGUAUGAAUGCCCUCACUGUAAAAUCACUGCUCCUGAUGUCAAAACUAUGCAGAUCCAUCAUGAAUCUAGGCACCCCAAGAUUCCUUUUGAUGACACCAAGAUCAGCAAUUUGCACGCAACUAUUGCUCCUACCAUAGAUCCAACUAAACCUCGUCCUGGUGUACGAGGCAGUCUCAAGAAGUAACGGAUCUCCCAGAAGAAGAAGAAGAACAAUGACCGCAACCCGCUCUUUAUAAGUAGUUUUUGUCUAUUGAUCUUUUCCUGUCUUUAAAGACUUUAAUGGAUGUUAUGUUUGAAAUUUCUACUCUGUGCUUCCUCUCGAUCCUAUGAGAACCUUAUCCUAAGUAUAGGAGGAGAGAAAGUUCUUGAAGUCUGUCUGGUUAUGUGUUUCUACUACUAAAGCUGCAAGGAGGUAAAAAAAAAAUCCUGCUCUUUAUGUGUUUCUUUUAGUUGUUAUUGACUAUAAUACCUCCUGCAGUAAAUAUAUCUACUACCUUGUUACUUCUGUUGCUUUCUUUUACAUGAGAACUGGAUACCCUUUCCAUGUUUGCCUAUCA